AUGGCAGACCUUCACGGCAUCAUGGUGGCACUGAUCACCCCCUUCACCGAUGACCAGACCGCCAUCGACGAGCGUCGUCUCCAAGCGCUCAUCGACCGACUGAUCAAAGCCGGCGUUCACGGCCUCGUUCCCGGCGGAAGCACGGGAGAAUUCACAUCGCUGACCCUUGCCGAACGCAAGCAGCUCACAGAGCUGGUGGUCAAGUACACGGCGGGACGGGUGCCCGUGAUCGCAGGAACCGGAGGUCUGACGACCACCGAGUCUCUCGAGCUCUCUAUCCACGCGGCGCAGGCCGGCGCCUCGGCCGUCAUGGUCGUCCCGCCCUUUUACGACGCUGUGAACCUCAAGGAACUGACGGGCCUGUUGACCGAGAUCAAAGACGCCGCCAAGAUCCCCAUUGUCUUCUACAACAUCCCCUCCGCCACGGGUCUCAAACUCUCCCCGUCCGAACUGGCCAGCCUAUCCAAGGCCGGCGUCCGCUACUUGAAGGACACCUCCGGCGACGGACCGGCCCUGACGGAGUUGCUCUUCGGACUUUCCGACCAGAUCACCGCCUUCAACGGCUGGGACACCCUCACUUUCUACGGCCUGGCGGCAGGCGCGCAGGGCGGCAUCUGGGGCGCGGCGAACAUCAUCCCCGAGCUGGCCGUCGAGCUGUGGGAGACGGUCGCCGUCAAGGGGAAUCUUAAGAAAGGCCGCGAACUGUGGGCCAAGGCCUACCCGAUCUGCAAGUUCCUGGAGUCCCACAACUAUGCGGCGGCCGUCAAGACGGGGCUGGAGCUGACGGGAACCGCGACCGGCGGACUGCGAAAGCCGUUCGUUAUGCUGGAGCCGGAGUUGCAGGCGGAGAUGAAGGCUUUGGUUCAGAAUGCGGGCCUGAAGACUAUCUAG